CAAAAAUGUCAAAACUUUAAAAAGAAACGGGUAGAUAUAAUCCGACCGAACUCAAAUGGUAUUUCCGCUAAACGACCUUGGUAUCCUUUCGUAUAAUUUUUACUGCCAUUAUUAAAAAGUGACAGCAAAUAAGUUGAUUUUAAAUUAGUCAGUUAAUAUUGAUAUUUCAUGAACGGCCGUUCAGAGACCGUUGCUUUGAUUUAUUGAAAGUCGUUGAAGCGAUAUUCAACCGAAAUAUUUAAAUAUUAUAUGUGACGAUAAAAUAUAACAAAAAUGAAGUCCGUUAAAUCGAAACAGAGAUUAAACGAGAUGCGAACGCCGGCGCGUAGUAAACAAAAUCUCGCUCAGGACCGCGAUCCUGUACAAGUCUACUGUAGACUUCGCCCCAUGCAAAGAGAAAGUGAUGUGUCGUGUAUGAAGAUUAUAUCACCAACCACAUUACUCCUAACGCCGCCAGCAACGGCGUUAAGCUACAGAAAUGAAGGCAGCAAAACCAUGAAAUACACAUUCAAAGAGAUUUUCCCGCCGGAAGCGUCACAGCAAGAAGUUUUCGAUAAAGUCUCACUGCCGUUAGUCGAAGGCUUGAUUAAAGGUAAAAACGGCUUGUUAUUCACCUACGGGGUCACGGGCAGCGGGAAAACGUUCACGAUGACCGGCGAGCCCCAGAACUGCGGGAUAUUACCACGAUGUUUGAAUAUUAUUUUCAAAACUAUUAACGAUUUCCAAGCUCACAAAUAUGUGUUCAAACCGGACAAAAUGAACAUGUUCGAUAUUCAAAACGAAGCGGAGGCCAUGCUAGAGAGGCAACAGGAACUUCACAAAUUUAAAACUGGGAAGAAAAAUAAUUCGAAUCCGGAUUUAGCUAUGGCAUCCACGGAUAUAACUAAAGUAGAAGGUAUCAAUGAAGACAAUCAGUACGCUGUGUUCGUUACAUAUGUAGAAAUCUACAAUAACAGUGUUUUUGACUUGUUAGAAGAUGGUCCUCCGAUUAGUAGGAACCUUCCAGUGAAGAUAAUAAGAGAAGAUGCAGCCCAUAAUAUGUAUGUCCACGGGGUUACUGAAAUCGAGAUUAAGUCAGCUGAGGAUGCCUUUGAUGCUUUCUAUUUAGGUUUGAAACGGAAACGAAUGGCUCACACGACUCUGAACGCAGAAUCAAGCCGAAGUCACUCAGUGUUCACAAUACGAUUAGUGCAGGCACCAGUUGACGAGAUGGGAGAAGCUGUGAUACAAAAUAAAAAGUUCUUGAAUAUUAGUCAACUGAGUCUUGUUGAUUUAGCUGGUAGCGAAAGAACUAACCGAACCAAAAACACAGGACAAAGACUAAGAGAAGCCGGGAAUAUUAAUAAGUCAUUGAUGACUCUUAGAACCUGCUUAGAAGCGUUGAGAGAAAAUCAAAUUAACAGUGCUAAUAACAUGGUGCCCUAUAGAGAGUCUAAAAUUACUCAUCUCUUCAAAAAUUUCUUUGAAGGUGAAGGACAAGUAAGGAUGAUAGUCUGUGCAAAUCCAAGAGCUGAAGAUUAUGAUGAAACCCUCCAAGUGAUGAGAUUUGCUGAGAUGGCAGCAGAAGUUGAAGUUGCUAAACCCCAAGUAAUAGAUGUCGCAACAACAAUAGGUUUGAUGUCUGGCCGCAGAAAGGCUAAUAGACUCUUCACAACAGCUCGUGACAAUAUGGCGAGACCGGAGGCUAAAGAUUUGGACUUAGAUCUAGGUUUGGUAUACAGCCUCGGGCCAGACUUCCCAAGCUUGGAACUGAAUAGCUCUCAAGCUGCCCAUAUAAUUAAGGAACUGAUGGCACAUUUAGAAAUGAGAAUCAGUCGCAGAGAAACACUUAAGAGAAGUAAGGCGGUGAAGGAUGAAAGACUGAGGUCAGCCCUGUUGGAUCUUGAAAAAGAAUCAUUAGAAGUGAGAAGUGAAAACUCAUCAUUGAGGGGACAGCUGGCAGCCUCUGAACGCAGGAUUCGAGCUUUAGAAGAACGCUUGACAGCCACAGAAAAUGCAUCUCUCACGCACCAAAGAAAAUUGGCAGAAAUGACUGAAUACACAUCAUCUUUAAAGAGAGAUCUACAGGAAAAAGAAUAUUUGCUCAACCAGAAUAAGUUUGAGAAAGAAAAGCAGAAAAAGAUCCUUGAAAGAAAAUACAACCACAAGAUUGCCGCCGAACAGGAGAAGGCAAAAGAGAUAAACACAGAAAAGGAAAGAUUAAGAAAUGCAGUUGAGGAAAAAGAAAACUGUUUACGUAAAGUCAAAGAAGCGUUAAAUGUUGAUAUGGCAGACAGAGGAGACAACUUUGAUUAUCCACGCUCCACAACUGAAAUUGGUGCUCAGACCAGUCAUUUUACACCGGGCUCCACACCGAGAGCUCUACCCGCACACCUCUUGACCCCAUUCAGUUCAGCUCCACAAUCACGCGACACACCAACAUCAAGAAGAGGGGUCGCUGUAGCGAAUCCACGCCAUAGACGGUCAUUGUCAGCUGAUGGUCGAGGCUGGGUGGAACACGCACCUAACAAGCUAGUCCCAAUGGGCACAGUCAUGAAGCCAAGCAUGACGAAUAGCAAAAUCGUUAAUAAACUGACAACGGUCAAAGACAUUGCCAAUUCGAAAACGUCAAAAUACUGUCUUAUAUCGCAAGAGCAAGAUACUGAUGGUGAAUUGGAGACGAAACUGUACAAAGGUGAUGUUGUACCCACCUGCGGGGGAGGAGCUCAAGUUAUAUUCAAUGAUGUUGAAAUGCUAAAACAGUUUUCUCCGACAAGGGAAUCGCAGAGAUUGUCCAGCAAUAGCUGUGCUAGACAUUCCGGCAAGAGGAGAGACACCGCUUCUUCACCACCACAAACACCAUCAAACACCAGUAAGAAGCAGAGAGUUGAUGACGAAUGAUCUUGGACGUGAUCAGGUAAAGUGAAAUAAGUGGAAGAAUAUAAAUAUGUUUUUGUGGUGCAUAGAACUUGUUCGAUUUCUUAAUAUAAUUAUUAAAUUGAGGUUUGGUAGGAAUUUUCAUUCAAAAUCAUUGAAUAUGUAAAAAAGUUAAACUACCUACAUUCCUGAUUAUUAUCAUGAUUGUAAUUCUAGUAGAAUCUAGAACUUGUGACUUUCAAAUUAUCUUUUUUAUGCUUUCUAUUUUCAACUGACUUAAAAGUGGCCAGUGACAGAUUCAGUGAAUUUUUUUCUUUUCCAAGACAUUCUCAAUGUUAUUUUUGAACAUAUAUACUUAAAAUACAUUCUGUGAUUGUAUAUUUGCUCAUAAAAUGUACCAUUAUAUUGUAAUACUUACUAACAUAAUUAUUUGAUAGCUUAUGACAUUCCUUGAUGUUAGGGUUUUAGUAACAUUAAAGCUGUUUACCGUCGUGUUGGCACUGAUGGUAGGUCUUUCACUUAAUCCCAGGAUUCUGAACCAAGACAGAUCGAGAUGUCACUAAGACAUAUUUUGCCAAUAAAACUUUGAAUAUUAUUACAAAAUCAUUAACCUUACUUAAAACUUUAUUUGCUAUACAAAUGGUAAACACUGAAAUAUAAAUAAUUAUGAAAUUUCGAAAAGGGCACAUAUCUGAAAAUGUAAAAUGUUCAGGAAAUGAAAAAAAAAUUAUUAUUUUCUAAAGCAGUGUAAAAUUUAAAGUAUUAACUUUUGAGAUAUAUUUUAGUGUUAAUUAGCAAUUGAAAAUUACUGGAAUUAUUAUAAAAUGGGUGUAGGUAAGCCUCAAAACUACAUGUUUAUGAAAAAACGUAUUUCACAAAAUAUGGGACAUGUGCCCUUUUCGAAAUUGCAUAUUGAAAUACAAUGUUACGGUUAAUUAAUAUUUCAUAAGUCGGUAUAAUUCGAAGGUAGUUGUCCCACGCCCGUCCCCUCGAGGUCAUUAACCUGGCCCGUCAGCUGAUGCUUUUGACACGAAGGCAAUCCGAAAAAUCAAAUUUCGUUAUAAAAUAGACCUUUCUGGUUUGGGUUUGGGUUUUUGUGGGCGUUUUUCAUACUGUCUUGGUGACCUGUUUUUUUGUAUUACCAGGAUGUUCGUAACUUUAGGACCGGUUCGCCCAAUGUAUUAAAUGGCGUACAUUCAUCUCGUUAUGUUAAUAGCAACAGUACUUAAACUACUCAUAUACUUAGAUCUGCUAGUUAAUAUCAAUUUAUAUAUUAAAAUAGAAAUAAAUGCGUUUGUUUUUGUA